AUGGAUAAUGGAAAUGUUUUCCUACAUCAUUUAUUCUUGGUGGUCGGUCUAACAAUAGUAGCUGUAGAGAUCUUUGCUGCUUUUCUCGGGAACGGCUUUAUAGUUGCUGUGAACUUCUUUGACUGGCUGAAGAAAAAGCCUCUGAACCCCGUUGACCACCUCCUGGUUGUUCUGGCUCUCUCCAAUGCUGGAUUUUCAUGCAUUUAUGGAAACUUCAUCUUCUUUUACUUUACAUGGCCUCAGUUUUUUCUAGAAGAAUGCGCACUUCCCGUAAUCAUUACACUUAUGUUCUUUAUAACUCUCUCCAGUUCAUUUCUCAUCGCCUGGCUCUGUCUGUACUUCUGUUUUAAGAUUAUUCACUUUAAAUCCUCCUUCCUCGCUAAGGUGAAGAUGUCCAUCGAUUCUGCCGUGGUUUGGCUCAUUCUGAUCUCGGAGGUGAUAGCUUUCUUCUGCACUAUCCCGGUGAUAUGGUUCUUAGGUAGACCUCUUCCACAAAAUGUCACAUCUGUCCAAAUUGCCAGUGGAAUGUUAUCGUUUACAUUGGAUAACUUAUUUAUUUACUUUGUUGCUGGCCCCAUUAUGUUUUUAACAUCACUUAUCAUCAUAACCUCCUUAAUGUAUAUAAUCUGGUCACUGCGUAGACACACAUAUCGAAUGAAGAAAAUCCUUUCUCCAGAAGAUGAUUCAAUGCUAAAGACACAUCGAAGCGCGGCCAAAACAAUCCUGUCUCUUCUCCUGAUCUAUAUUCUGUUUUGUACUUCUCUGAUUAUGAACAGCAGUUUUCAACCCUCUGAUGAUGUUUUGAUUUAUUUCUGGUGGCUCACUUUGUGGCUGUUGCUGUCUGUUUCUCCCGCUUUUUCUGUUGUUCUUAUCUUUGGUAAUUCCAAACUUCGGUUAGCACUUCAAAAGGUAUGUUCUCUUAUAACAGGCUUAUUUCACAAAGAUUUAAUCCAAGGAUGA